AUGUCUGACCUGGGUACCGCUAUUUCUGGGCAGGAGGGUAUCAUGUCGCAUGCAGUUCCAAUCAGGCGGAAGCGGAGUCCUUGGAAUAAGGGGCUUACGAUCCCAGAGUCCACCAAGCUCAAAAUCAGCCAGGCGCAGAAGCGACGCUGGCGUAGUUCUCCUGAAUUGAGAGCGGCUGUGUGCGCCAAACUCAAGGGCAGGGUGGCCUGGAACAAGGGCAAGAAGAUGAGCCUGGAGACUCGCCAGAAGAUGAGCCUGGCAAAGCAGGGGCGCCACAUCCCCAGAUCAGUCCGGCGCCAGAUGAGCAAAUCUCACCAGGGGCUGACUCACACGCCGGAGACUGCCAAGCUGCUGUCAGAGCGGCUGUCGGGCGUGCCCAAGUCCGCGGAGCACAGGGACGCCAUCAGCGUGUCUCAGCGCCGCCGCCUCAUGGUGACGGGCAUCCUGCGCGCCGUCGAGAGCGUGCACAGCGCAGAGGAAGCGUCCACUUCCUACCCUGUCCGACCCACCGGCAGGGGCAUGGGAGGCGGCGGGGGUGCAUCAUCAUCGGGGCGCAUGAUGGAUUCGGCGGUGCUGAGCACGUACAAGUCGGAGCUGCGCGAGUUCCGGGCGCUGCAGGAGGAGCUGGAGCCUUGGACGGCUGCCUUCAAGGCCAAGCACGGCUGCAAGCCCUGCCUGGCCGAUGUGGAGAGCACACGCAUCCCGUGGCUGAUAAACAAGUACAAGCAGUACAUCAUUAUGCGCGAGCGGCUGCUGAACGACACGCAGAGCCUGCGCACAAAGCUGGAGAAGGCCAUUCCCGACCCCUCCAUGCGAGGCCAGGAGCAGGACUCCAGCGCAUCGUCGGACCGCGUAAAUUCAAAUACCAUCCCAACAUCAAGCGGCGGUGACGUUGGAGCACGGAUGCGGCAAGCUCUGGAGUACAAGCGCAGCAGGGCCUCGAACGCCGCCAUUGUGCAGGCGGCAUCAGGGUCUGCAGGGAUGCCGGCCGAGGCCAGUGGGUUGUCUGCUGCCGCGCCCGCCGCAUCCGGCAGGUUUGCUGGUAAGAUGCCGUCAGGCGGCAGUGUGUCCGGCCAGGGAGCAAGCUUCAAUGGCAGGCUGGCGAAUCUGCCCCCGAACGCGCCGCUGCGGGUGCGCAAUGCCAUGAACGCGGCGAUGCAGUACCGGCAGGAUAAGGCGGAGAGGAGCGCGGCAGCUGCCCGGGAAGCUGCCGCGCAGGUGGCCGCCAAGUCAGUGGACCGCGCUCGCCUGGCAGCCAAUGUCACCGCCCCCCAGCCGCCCAGUGUCAACGGUGCUCAGGCCUGUGUGGGGCAGGCUUCUCAAGCAGAGGCCAAGAGUGUAGAGAGCAGACCAGGAGCGGCGUCAAAUGGCGCGGAGAAGGUCAGCGGGUCUGCGAGUGAUGGCAUUCUGAGGGGCGUCAGAGGCAAGAUUGCUGCAGAUGCGCAGCAGCACACCGGCGGAGAGGAGUCUUUUGCGGCCAUUGUCGCACCCAGUCCUGGAUGA